AUGGGAAGCUGUCAUUCGUUUCUCACACCUUUUCCUCCCAAUUAUAUCGCUGUGACUUUUAGACCGACAGAUGAACUGUGGGUAUGUCAGGGUCCACCACACUUUAUCCAAUUUCUCCGUUCCCUGAUGUGUCAAAUUUGGCCGCAUUUAGAUAAUCACGAGCGGCAUUGCAAUGUCCAAGUUAAGGCUCAUGCAAGCAGCGAUGUUCAGCUACAUCCUCCCUUACGAAAUACGGUUUUUCGAGUUCCCAUGGAACCCUUUACACUUUCGCCAAUCCAUCAACCUGCAGAGGUGGCUGAAACCGCCUACUACUUCGCCAUGAUGAUGAUCGCCUAUCUCUACUCCAUAGACUACAAGAUGGUUUCAACGGGCCACUUUAUUCGAGGAACGGAGGCUAGCACCUGCCUCUUCAGAUGUCAGGUGGACAAUCAACGGACAGGCAGUCUUGGCAAACUAGUGGGAGACUGUCAUAUACACCGACCCAUGACUUCGAAAGUGCGCACUUUACGGCGUUCAAGAGCACUGAAUUAUAAUCCCUCAAAGCAGAUGCUGGUUGUCGGUCUAGAGGGCUGGAAUCGACUGUACUGCAUGAACUUCACACAAAAAUUAGUCUCACGAUUGAUUAAAGAGCUGCAGAAGCUUUGGCCUCAAAAAGUCGCGUUUCGCAGAAUAAGGGACACUGCGACUCCAGAGGGCACAAAUAAGAAGAAAGGCCUUUUGGUAGAUUCAGACCCCGAUAGCCUAUCCUCCUUUCUGAUUGAAUUUGAAGGCCACCCUUGGGACUCCUACAAGGAAUACUCAGACCUGACUCCCUACAUCAUGCUGGCACUUCUCGACGUGUUGAACUGUGAUGGAUUCAUAUUUGAGUGUAGAGCUAAUAUUCGCGGUCUCUUGGACACCCUAUUUUUUGUCAAGCCGGAAGUGUCCAAUACCACGAGAAAGAACAUUGUCCGCAUUUGCUUCUCCAUGUGUCACCAAAACACCUUUCGCAUAUACGGUGGAACACCUGCCUUUUCCACGUGGAUGUCUCAACUGCUUCAACAAUUGUGGAUCUCUGGUGUGGCUAGUGAAGAACAAGUCUCCUUUGUCCAUCCUGACCGUCAACUUGGAGAGGACGAGUCGUCUGAUUGUGCAGACGAGCUUCACUUCACUGAGGUAAAACUCAAUGGAACACCGUUCUGCAUUCCUGAGUGGAACAAGGACAAUCUUUUGGCGGCACAGUACAUGAUGGGACGAUUAAUUGGAGUGCUCUCCCUCAUUGGCUGGCAAUUGACAGCUUUUUUAAAUAUCUACAGCAGCCCAUACGACAAGGGACUACUGGUUUUUGAAAAAGAGCUUGAAACGGAUCCACUCGACUGUGUCUACCUCGUCAUUUUUUUUUUCUUUAAGGAUACAAAUGAGGAAGGAAAACUGCUGGACUUGGAGAUGAUCGAACUGCGAGGUAGGCUGGAAGGGGAGAGUAAAGAAGACACAAAAUUACUUGACCUCCUACGACCUUUGUGCUUUACCUCCUACGACAUUGAUCGACUCUGUAUGAUGGGUGGAUCACAACAUUUCCUCGAAAUCUUUAAUGCCCACUUCCUUCGCCUAUUUGAUGCACCACCAUCUGCCUACAAUUUACUCACACCUAGACGACACCAAAAAGCCAAACCAGAGGACAAGAGUGAGGAGACUGUGUUGCCGAUUAGUUACACCGCCAACUCAGACAAAUGGAUAGCCUCGAGAGUGCCAUAUCAACCCGAAUUGUUACAAAAAGUAUUUCUCAAUGCUGGUCACACUUUUCUGUGUCUCCUCUCGCCUUUUAACGAUCGCUUAGCUCUCACCUCAGUGGCGGAGCUCGAUCCGAUCAACUAUCUUGAAUAUGUGACCAAUUAUCAGAUGUGGGCCGCGAGUAGUUGUUGGCCUCCAAAAAUGUACUACAAGACAAAUAUGCGAGCCAAAAAAUUUUUCCAUUGGAGUCAAAUUCCUCUGGCAGUGCUGUGUUGGGUGAAUGAGUUUAUUAAUUUAGCAGCAUCCUGUGAACCGGUGGAGGUGACCGAUACCGGGAAGUCAAGUGAUCAAGAUGACAUUGUUGAGGUGGCUCCCACACCCAAUCCAGUGUUACAAAUACCUCUUGUAAGGCGGUCCUACCAAAAUGCUCUUAUCACCUGCAUGAACUGUGCUUCUACAGUGAGAAAUGCCCCACCUGUCUGGAUUUACCUCAUAAGGGAGAAGAGACAACACGUAAUUGUGGUAAAUAAGGAAGUAUCUCUCACGCCAUAA